UCUAGUAUUUUCUUCAUAACGCAUAACAUUAUUACAUAUCGACAAAUAACUAAGUUUGGGUUUAGAAGCUGUUUGUUUUGCGCUCAGUUUCUAAGUUCGUGACAGAAAUAAUUCCUGCAAAACCUUGAUUCCGUGCUUAAUAUCAAAGAGGUAUAGUUCAUACGACAACUUAAAAUGUUACGCAACGUGUUAUUCUCUUUAACAUUUAUUCAACGGAAGGGCGCACAUCAGCCGAUAUUUAGGCAACGUGGCUAAAACACGAAAGGAAAUAAAUUCAACACAUCCGCUUGAUGCUUUCCACGUUUUAAUCUUCUGCUGAACGCUCGUUGGGUUACAUCUCUACGUGAGAGCAGUUCAAAAUGUUUCGAAUUUUAAGCGCGGUUUUCGUUGUGUUGCUCUCUGUUUGUACUUUCAAGGUGUCCGCGGACAGGGAUGUACUCCCACAAUUGCGCAAACGUUUACGUUUAAAAGACGUGUUGUCACCUCAGGAACAUUACAAACUCAACGAACAUAAUACAGAUUUCGACCACGACGCUUUUCUUGGCAGAGAUGUAGCCCUUGAAUGGAAAAAGCUACCCACUGCUGAAGUGAAGGAGAAACUAAGGGCACUGUUCCCUAAGAUAGACAUCGAUAAUGACAACCAAGUGUCAAUGACUGAACUUUAUGGCUGGAUUGAACAGCACAUGAAAAAACACGUGCUGCACGGGACCGAUGUGAGACUGAGCGAAUUGGACACGAAUGAGGAUGGCAAGGUAUCAUGGGAAGAGUACAGGGCAGUGGAAUUCCCGCCAUCUCUAGAAAAAGGUUUGUCCGGCCCAGUCCUAACAGAGCUGAGGGAAAUAAUUUUGAGAGACAAAAGACGAUUCGAAUUUGCCGAUACGGAUGGCGACAAACUGCUGUCGCGAGAAGAACUCACACUUUUCUUGCAUCCUGAAGAGUCAAAGAGGAUGACGUCAUACCUUGUUAAGGAAAACCUGGAUAUCUUUGACAGAGACAAUGACGGCAAAGUUUCCCUUGAGGAAUACCUCGCGACAGAAACGCAAGCGUUAAGUGAGAGCAGCCGAAAGAGGAUAGCAAAGAGCUUUAAGGAGGAGUUGGAUAAGAACCAAGAUGGAUACAUUGAUCAGAAAGAGAUGAGACAUUGGAUCCUUCCCGGGGUAGCUGAGGACCCCAUUCAAGCCGAAGCCGAUCAUCUCAUGAAACUGGGAGACGAGAAUGAGGAUGAGAUGUUAUCGGUGGAGGAAAUUGUCAAGCGCCACGGACUUUUUGCUGGAAGCCGCGUCACAAAAUAUGGAGAUCUUCUUAAAGAAGAGUUAUAAACUACAAAGCGUAUACAGAAUGUCAGUUAAAACACUGAAAAUUGUCAGUUCAGUUACGUACUUUGACAACUUUUGUCACAUUUAAUCUGCAUAUCGAGUCUUUUUUAAAUAAACUUAAUGGUUAACCAGAUUUGGAACAGACUUUCCGAAUCCUAAGAGCAUUUUGUAAUCGUUUUCAGACCACUCAGCGACAUGUUUAUUUAUGGAAUAAAAUGCACUCUGUACAUUGCUUA